CGCGCCAAGAGAAGAAAACCCUCCCAGAGGCCAUCCAUCUUGCUUGUGAGGGGUCUGCACCAAUUUCUCUUAACCUUUUUGGCCACCACGGGAGCAGGACCACUUACCUGAGGACACCUGGGGAUUCUACUGACAGAUAACCACAAAUAUGUCUGGAAUUGCCAUUGCUCGUUUGGCUGAGGAGAGAAAGGCGUGGAGGAAGGAUCAUCCCUUUGGGUUCAUCGCACGACCCACCAAGAACCCCGAUGGAACCCUGAACUUGAUGAACUGGGAGUGUGCUAUUCCAGGCAAGAAGGGGACCCCUUGGGAGAAUGGGCUCUACAGGCUGAGGAUGAUCUUCAAGGAUGACUACCCAUCCACGCCACCAAAAUGCAAGUUUGAGCCGCCUCUAUUCCACCCAAAUGUCUACCCAUCAGGAACUGUGUGUCUGUCCCUCCUGGAUGAAGAGAAGGACUGGCGGCCUGCCAUCACCAUAAAGCAAAUUCUCUUGGGUAUCCAGGACCUCCUCAAUGACCCCAACAUCAAGGAUCCAGCCCAGGCCGAGGCUUACACAAUCUACUGUCAAAACCGACUGGAAUAUGAGAAGCGAGUGCGGGCACAGGCCAAGGCAAUGUCUGCUCCAUUUGAAUAAGCUCUGGACACGGGAGGUUCAGGUGAUACAGUAUUGGAGGUGGUGGCUUAUAGAAGGGGUGGUGAGUGUGGUGUCCUAAGUUUGUCCCGCCACUGGCUAUUUCCAACCACUGCUAAGGGGUCGAAAAUCACCCACAUGCUGCCCAUCAAGCCUACCUUCGAUUGAACUUUGGUCAAGUGGAGCACUGGGGUCCUGAGUCUAUCAUGCUAAAAUACCUGCCUGCACCAACAUUGACCAUUGCCAACCAUCAGUGGCCUGCCUGAGAGUGUUAAGGCGAUGUGGACAUGCAAAAUAUACUUAUACGGUAUAUUCCAUUUACUGUAGCAUUGAUAUUAAUAGUGAAGUUCUCAAUAUGACGGAGUUUAGAUGUCUGGGAGCCAUGACAAUAGUAAGUAAUGGUUAUGGUGAGGUGUAGAGGAAUGGAAUGAAUGAAAGAUCUGAUUAAUAGAAGGUAUAUAUGAAGGAAUACAGCUUGGAAUAUCUUUGGUAUAAGAUCUGAAAAGGUGAGGAGGAGGUGUAGGAUAUAAGAAUGAAGUCAUCAUGUAGGAAAGUAUGCAAAGAUGGAAAAAAAAUAAGUGGCAGAAAUAAUCCAUGGCAGUGAAAUUGUUGGUGAAGGCAGGUUGGGGUGACAUUGAAGUGUGACUGAACAUUGUGAAAAUUUGAACAAUCAACUGGUAUGGAUGAAGGAAACAAAAGCUGUGACUGUAUGGGAGAAUAAAUAAAUGGGAAGCACACCAUUAUUAACGUGAAAAUCGGUUUGCCUUGGGCCAUGAUGGGCUGUUUAAUGUCCUGGUUCAGCAGCAAUGUUGUGUUCAUUGUCAUUUGGAGGAAACUGGAGAGCUGAGGGAUAUAUUUUAUUGAGUCUCUCUGAGAUUCUCUGUGUGUUAAUUUGUUUUAACUAAGGUCAUCUUCACUAAUAUUUGAAUAUUUGUCUACAUGAAAUAGGGUAGAUAAGUAUCUUUGUGAUAAAUCACAAACUUUCCUUUCCUAGCUUUUAGUAAAAUUUUUAUAUGCACAAUGUCUAGAAUCUAGACACUAUAUGAUAGGGAUUUGUGGGCAGUCAGCAUCAUCUCAAACAAUUACUGGGUCUUAACUAGACAUGUAAUAAUCAUUAGUUUAAAUGAAGCAUUCAAAAAGCAUAGUAAUGUCUGUGAAUUGGAUGACACGUGCUGGCGCUCCUGCAGUGGUUGUGGCUUGUAAUCUGAUCCUUUUUAUAAUUCAGUUUGAAUAGAUGCAUAUAAAGUCUCAAUUACCCUUG